AUAAAGGAGUGUGUUGGAUGAGGCGAAACUCGAGAGUGUAAGGUUUUGCAUUUCAUUUGACGAAGAGUGAGAGAGUCUUAUCUGUCGUCUCUGAUCUCUGAUCGCAUCUUCAUUCCGAAAAUGGCUGUUUCGGCUAUCACUGGAGCGAGGCUAACCCUAGGGAUGUCUCUUUCCUCUUCCACGCGAUCACGAACCGUCGCAAUGGCCGUAUCUAUCGACCCCAAGACCGAUAACAAACUCACUCUUACCAAGUCCGAGGAAGCUUUCGCUGCGGCCAAGGAGCUGAUGCCUGGAGGCGUGAACUCCCCAGUUCGUGCCUUCAAAUCCGUGGGUGGUCAACCAAUUGUGAUUGAUUCAGUCAAAGGGUCUCGUAUGUGGGAUAUCGAUGGCAAUGAGUACAUUGACUACGUUGGUUCCUGGGGUCCUGCAAUCAUUGGUCACGCUGAUGAUCAGGUGCUUGCAGCUCUGGGUGAAACCAUGAAGAAAGGAACCAGCUUUGGUGCACCCUGUCUGCUGGAAAACACUUUGGCAGAGCUGGUUAUCGAUGCCGUCCCCAGCAUUGAAAUGGUUCGGUUUGUCAAUUCAGGCACUGAAGCUUGCAUGGGUGCGCUCCGUCUGGCCCGUGCUUAUACCGGAAGAGAGAAGAUCAUCAAGUUUGAGGGCUGUUACCAUGGCCAUGCUGAUCCUUUUCUUGUUAAGGCAGGUAGUGGAGUUGCCACCUUAGGACUUCCUGAUUCUCCCGGUGUCCCCAAAGCUGCCACUUUUGAAACCCUUACAGCCCCCUACAAUGACACCGAGGCCAUUGAGAAACUCUUCGAGGCCAACAAAGGAGAAAUUGCCGCAGUUUUCCUCGAACCUGUUGUUGGAAACGCUGGUUUCAUUGUUCCUAAGCCUGAUUUUCAUAGUUUCUUGCGCAAGAUCACCAAGGAGAACAAUACCCUUCUUGUGUUUGAUGAAGUCAUGACUGGAUUUCGUUUGUCAUAUGGAGGUGCUCAAGAGUAUUUUGGCAUAACUCCAGAUAUAACAACUCUAGGAAAGAUCAUUGGUGGAGGUCUGCCGGUAGGCGCUUAUGGAGGGAGGAGGGAUAUUAUGGAGAAGGUGGCACCAGCUGGCCCAAUGUAUCAGGCUGGGACCUUGAGUGGGAACCCUUUGGCCAUGACUGCAGGCAUAGAGACCCUGCAGCGUAUUAAGGAGCCAGGAACUUACGAGUACUUGGACAAAAUCACUGGUGAGCUUGUUGAGGGCAUCAUCGAAGCUGGGAAGCGGGCAGGCCAUGCAAUAUGUGGUGGGCAUAUAAGGGGGAUGUUUGGGUUUUUCUUCACAGAAGGACCAGUGUAUAAUUUUGCAGAUGCCAAAAAGAGUGAUACGGCCAAGUUUGCUAGGUUCUUUUGGGGAAUGCUGGCGGAAGGUGUCUAUUUGGCACCUUCCCAGUUUGAGGCUGGCUUCACCAGCUUGGCACAUACUUCUGAUGACAUAAAAAAGACGAUAGCCGCUGCUGAGAAGGUUUUCAGGGAGAUCUGAUGGUUAAAUUUUGUUUUGUUGCAAAUUUAAUUUUCAGAGGGUGAAUUUGUAGGUCAAUUUAGAUUAUUGUUAUGGCAGUUGCUUUCGUUAUGAUCUGUAUCAUUUUCGCAUCCUGUAUCUAUCCAGUGUAUUAUGUUGAGCUGUGAGUUACUUGAAUUUGAAGCUUGUAAGCAUUCGAAUUCAUUGUUUAACUCCUCAUUCUAGUUUCACAUGUUAUGUUUUUAAUGUAGGCAUGCAUUUUGCUAAUGCAUUACAUAUCAGUAUACAUCUUUGUGGACUACA